CCUGCCGCGUGGGGGGCCAGUGGCAAGUGGCGGCGGCGCUGCUCGGGUCAAUGGCAGCAAAGCGACUGCGGCUGAAUGUGAUCACCUACAGUGCAGCCAUGAGUGUCUGUGAGAUGUCGGGGCUGUGGCAGCUGGCGCUUCACCUCUUGCAGGAGUGCCAACGCGCCGUGGGGGCCAACGUGGUGGCCUGCAACGCCGCCAUCAGCGCCUGUGAGAAGGCGGAGCAGUGGCAGCGUGCCCUGUUGCUGCUGCAGCUGCUGCUGACCGAAGGUGUUGCCACCACUGUGAGCUUUAACGCCUGCAUCAGCGCCUGUGAGAAGGCGGGCCAGUGGAAGCAGGCGCUGCUGAUUUUGAAGAGGUUGGAGGAGUCGCCAAUUCUGCCUUCAGUGAUCAGCUUCAACGCCGCCUGCGGCGCCUGUGCCAACGCCCGGCGCUGGAGGGCGGCGCUACAGACGCUGCGGCGGAUUCGAGGCAGCGGCUUGCGGCCCAAUGAGGUGAGCUUCAACACGGCCCUGUGCUGCUCGGGCUGGCGCUUGGUCCUGGUCCUGCAGGAGAUGAUCACCUCAGAGGGGAUUCGCCGCUCGGCGCUGACCUUCGAGACGCUCAGCGCCUCGCUCGCGCCGCCGUGCGUGGGCGCCGUCGGUGCCUGGCGCUGGGCGGUGCGGCUGCUGCCGCAGAAGCCCAGCCCCGUGAUGCUGAGGUACUGCGUCGGCGCCUGCGAGUCCGCGGCCGGGACUGCUGUGCCCUUUGUGGCGGCGGCGCUGGCGCGGGCGGAGGCCGCUGCCGUGGAGGAGCUUCAGCGCGGAGACGGUUGACGACGCCUUGAGCCUUGAAGAGCCGAAGUGGUGUCAUCCUCGAGGACUCUCAAGGACUUCGACAAGAAAAGCCACGUGAGGCACCAAGAAUGGGGAAGCCAGCGACCAGAAGCACAAGCUGAGAUGUGGCAGGCGAAAGGACGUGAGCGGCGCAAGGGACACUUUUGGGUCUUAUGGGUGUGUCUGUUGUUGAGGGUAUCCUUUU